GGAAGUAAGGGCGAGCCGGAAGUUCCAAAGCCUGUACCGAGAAAGUGGGGGCGGGGGCGGAGGAAGACUCAGGGUAGGAAUGGCGGCUCAAAUUCCAAUUGUGGCCACUACAUCCACUCCGGGGAUAGCUCGGAACAGCAAGAAGAGGCCAGCCAGUCCUUCCCACAACGGCAGCAGCGCUGGCGGUUACAGUGCCAGUAAAAAGAAAAAAGUGUCCGCCGCCGGCUUUACGCAGGGUAUCAGCAUGGAAGCCAUGAGCGAGAAUAAGAUGGUGCCCUCUGACUUCAGCACGGGACCUAUGGAAAAAGCUGCCAAGCCAUUGCCAUUUAAGGAUCCAAACUUUGUGCACUCUGGCCAUGGUGGCGCAGUCGCCGGCAAGAAGAACAGAACCUGGAAGAACCUGAAACAGAUCCUCGCCUCUGAAAGGGCAUUGCCGUGGCAACUAAACGAUCCCAACUACUUCAGUAUUGAUGCUCCUCCCUCCUUUAAACCAGCUAAGAAGUAUUCUGAUGUUUCAGGUCUUCUUGCCAACUACACUGACCCCCAGAGCAAGCUGCGGUUCAGCACCAUCGAAGAGUUUUCCUACAUCCGGAGGCUGCCCUCCGACGUCGUCACUGGCUACCUGGCCCUGAGGAAGGCCACAAGCAUCGUUCCCUGAGCCUGGAGAAAUGGGGAGGCGGUGGAAAGCUAUUUCAAAGGCAAACUUUGGACUCAUGAUUUUGUUUCAUGGAAACAAACUCAUUCUGCUGUCAAUCUGGAAAUGUCAGUGCUGUGCCUUGGAAAGAAUGUUUGGCUUAAAUUUCAGGGGUUGUUUUUUUUUUUUUUUCUUUUCUAUGUUUUCCCUCCAACUGUGAUAUUUCCUGUUGAAUUAAAUUAUAUUUCAGUUGUUGCCUCAAGUAAAGUUGUUUGACAAGAAAAUAUAAAAUUGUGCUUUUAA